CGGGUCAAAGGUGACGACAGCGGCGGGAGUUCUCAAUGCCGCUGCACUACCCGUGUCUAAGACUAAUAGAGUGAUAAAUAUACUAGAAUAGCACAUCGUUUUCCGCAUAACACUGCAUUACUGCUUCACGAGUAAGUUAUAAAAGUACUCGGCCCACGCGAUGUUCUCUGAUCUCGCAGUCCGGAAGGAGGGCACUCUGCUCUGUCCGCCGGGAUCGGAGGGCCCGCUGUUCGAGCGUGUUCGGCCCGACUACGCCAGCUGCACCGAGCGCUUCAGAGUCGGGGAGCGCAGCUUCAACCGGCAGUACGCGCAUAUCUACGCCACAAGGCUCAUGCAGAUGAGAGGAAUCCUCAUCGCCAGAGCCAAGCAGACCUGGGGUGCUGGAGUGCUGGUGAGGAGGCUCUGCGACCUUAAGGUUGGCGAGCAGUGUUGCAUUGUGGGAACCCUCUUCAAGAACAUGGAGCUUCAGCCAUCCAUCCUGAAAGAAAUAAGCGAGGAGCACAACCUGCUACCCCAGCCUCCACGUGCCAAGUACAUCAGCCAAUCAGAUGAGCUCAUUCUAGAAGAUGAACUGCAACGAAUCAAGCUGGAGGGAAACAUUGACAUGCCAGAAUUUGUCACAGGCAGUGUGAUCGCUGUGCUCGGAGCUGAGAAUAACGACGGGAUUUUCACCGUGGAGGCUUUCAGCAUGGCAGACCUCCCGCAACAGCACCCCAGGCUGCCCCUCACUUCCGAUCGAUUUGUGCUCCUGGCUUCCGGCCUGGGCCUGGGCCUGGGCGGCAGCGGGGCGGACAGCCUGCUGAGCCUGCAGCUUCUGGUGGACAUGGUUUCCGGGCAGCUGGGUGACCAGGGGGAGCAGAGUGGGGCGGCACGCAUCUGCCGCGUCCUGCUGGCUGGGAACCUUCUGAGCCACAGCACCCAGGACAGAGACUCCGUCAACAAGGCUAAGUACUUGACCAAGAAGACCCAGGCUGGAAGCGUGGAAGCCAUCCGCUUGCUGGACGAGGUGCUUGUGCAGCUGGUGGCCUCUGUACCAGUGGAUGUCAUGCCCGGGCAGUUUGACCCCAGCAACUACACUCUGCCGCAGCAGCCCCUGCACCGCUGCAUGUUCCCCCUGUCCACAGCAUAUCCCACGCUGCAGCUGGUCACCAACCCCUAUCAAGCCGACAUCGAUGGUGUCCGGUUCUUGGGUACCUCAGGGCAGAAUGUGAAGGACGUAGUGAAGUACAGUAGCAUGGACAGUCACCUCGACGUACUGGAGAGGACCCUGCGUCUCCGCCACUUGGCACCCACAGCUCCAGACACUUUAGGCUGCUACCCAUUCUACCAGAGUGAUCCCUUCAUCAUUGAAGAGUGCCCCCACGUGUACUUCAGUGGAAAUGCACCUUCGUACCAGGCUAAGCGUAUCACCGGUCUGGAUGGUCAGGAUGUCCUCCUGGUCUCCGUUCCCGAAUUCAGCAGCACGCACACGGCUUGCUUGGUCAACGUGCGAACGCUCGAGUGUGAGCCCAUCGUCUUCUCCUCCUUUUCUCCCGAGGAUGAGGAGGAGAAUGACAUGAAUGUCAGCCACUAAGAGCAGUGAACCUUCCCCUCUGCUCUGUGCAGGCCAGAUGUCACCAGUCAUGAACUUCUGUCCAGGGGCCUUACCUCAAGUCACUGUCUAGAAGCUACUGUACUUGAAUAUGAAUUUCAGUACAACUGUCUGAGGUUAACUGUAUAAUACAGAUCCUUUAAAAAGUGCCAGAAGGUGUCACAUUCAAGUUAAAUUUGUGGUUCAAGCUAUUAAAAAACACAAAUAAGCAACAAGGCUGAAUUAUAUGGCAGUGCUGAACAUUUUUUAUAAAUCUCUCAAGUACUUUCUA